CAAAGCGGAAGUUGAGCGACUGCUCUUAUCUCUUUACAAAGCUGGUCAGAAAAUACGACAGGACCUGACUGUCUCCAUUUUGCUCUUUAAAAAUGAGUACAGAAAAAUACCCCAGAUCUUCCAUUGAAGACGAUUUUAACUAUGGGACAAAUGUGGCGACGGCAAGUGUGCAGAUCCGAAUGGAUUUUCUGCGCAAAGUCUACACCGUCUUGUCACUGCAGAUAAUACUGACCACUGCCACCUCUGCAUUGUUUAUGUUCUGCGAUACCAUCAAGGACUUCGUUCACUCAAGCCCGGCUUUGGUGUUGGUGUCGGCGAUUGGCUCGUUGGGUCUGAUCUUCGCUCUGGCCAUUUACCGCCAUCAGUAUCCAAUCAACCUCUACCUACUGCUGGGAUUUACUCUUGUGGAGGCUAUCUCUGUUGCUACUGCUGUGACCUUCUAUGAGUAUUCCAUAGUGCUCCAGGCCUUUGGCCUCACAGCCGCUGUAUUUCUGGGAUUGACUGCCUACACUUUUCAGUCUAAGAGGGACUUCAGCAAGCUGGGAGCAGGACUGUUUGCCUGCCUCUGGAUCCUCAUUAUUGCAAGCUUCAUGAGUGUGUUCUUCCACAACGACACGGUGGAGCUGGUGUUCGCCGGGGCCGGAGCCCUGCUGUUCUGCGGCUUCAUCAUCUACGACACUCACCUGCUGAUGCAUCAGCUGUCCCCCGAGGAGCACAUCCUGGCCUCCAUCAACCUCUAUCUGGACAUUGUCAACCUCUUCCUGCACAUCCUGCGUGUCCUGGAUUCCAUGAAGAAGAACUGAGUCGCGAGGGCUCCCCCUGCUGGUGUGGAGAUGGGUCAACACCUGAAUUCGUAGGGAAAGGGGGGCAGAGAUGAGCAGAGCCCCAGCUUUGCUGUAAGAUGUGAAUUAUGAUUGUUAAAGUUACCUUUUUCCCCCCAUAGUUUUCUUAAUUUCUGGGAUUUGUUCUGUAUAUUUACAUGUGUUGAUGUGAUUUUCAGUAUGAAAUAUUAAAUGUUGAAUUGAAGAAGUCU